GUCUGCUGAUUAUGCCUUUGGUCAAUUCAGGUUUUUGACGAAGUUGCUGCUCGUCCAUGGGAGGUGGUCGUACCAGCGUAUUGCUGAUAUGCAUAGUAAUUUCUUUUACAAGAACGUUAUCUGGACGUUGGCCAUGUUUUGGUUUAUGCCAUUUUCUUCGACGCAACCUAUCUAUAUGAUUACAGCUUUAUUUUGUUUUAAAGUCCUGACGACAAUGACACAGAUGCUAUCGAGCUGGUCCCCCAGGCCGCUCUACCGAAUCCCUACAACAUGGAAGAUAGUGUCUCGCCCAGUCCCUCUUACUACUCGCCAUCUGACAUCCCUGCGCCCUCGCCCAUACCACCCUCGUUCUACAAGUAUUCAUCAGGAGAAAUAAGCAGCCAAACAUUUGCCGGGCCGUCGCGCUCACACUCCCUGAGCCCUGAGCCUCCCGUUCCAAACUCACGCUCGUUUCGCCCAAGCUUGCAGAGGACCUCGCAGACCGCUCGA